CUCUCUCUAUAUAUAUUGUAGCUCCGGGCUGGGUACCUGCUUGAAUCCUGCAUUGUCUGGGAAGGAAGCUGCAGAGGAUGGCUCCGUGGCCUGAACUCGAGGAGGCCAAUAAGUAUAUCAAAGAACCCUGUUUCCAACAAAAUCAAAUUAUGCCCCCCAAAGAGGAGAAAAAUCCAAAAGGUGGGGCAGUUUCUUUAGGGAACCAGAUGGAACUUUUGCCUGCAUACUCCACUAUUGCCUUGACGGCUGACCAAGACCUCAAAGAUGAAGUGGACCCGUGGGAUAUGCCGGUGCUCCAGGACACCGGAGUCAAGUGGUCAGAACUGGAUGGGAAAGGCAAAGUGCUGUGUGUGUUAAAAGGCAUAGGGAAGUUUAUUCUCUUGCUUGGACUCCUCUACUUUUUCGUCUGCUCCUUGGAUGUCCUCAGCUCAGCCUUCCAGUUAGUAGGAGGCAAAGCUGCAGGAGACAUUUUCAAAGAUAAUUCCGUGUUAUCCAACCCUGUUGCGGGCCUCGUGAUCGGUGUUCUGGUGACGGUCAUGGUCCAGAGCUCUAGCACCUCCUCCUCCAUCAUCGUCAGCAUGGUGGCCUCCUCCCUACUGGAAGUUCAGCUCGCAAUUCCAAUCAUCAUGGGAGCCAAUAUUGGAACCUCGGUCACCAACACGGUUGUGGCGCUCAUGCAAGCUGGAGAUCGGAAUGAAUUCAGAAGGGCUUUUGCUGGGGCAACAGUUCAUGAUUUCUUUAACUGGCUCUCGGUGUUCGUGCUCCUGCCCAUUGAAGUUGCCUCAGGUUACCUGUAUCGCCUUACGAGUGUCAUUGUUGAGUCCUUUCAUCUGGAAAGUGGAGAAAGUGCCCCGGAGCUGCUGAAAGUCAUCACCGAUCCUCUCACGAAACUGAUCAUCCAGCUUGAUAAAGCAGUGAUCAGUGCAAUCGCUACAGGCGAUGAAUCGGCAAGCAACAGAAGCCUCGUGAAAACUUGGUGCGAUCCCCAAACUAGCCCGAUUGCAGAGAACACUGCCGCCCCUUUGCCUGAGAACUGCACAUCUCCGGAUCUUUGCUGGAUUGACGGAAACUCAACCUGGACUCUCAAAAAUUCUUCCAACGCAGAGUAUAGUACAAAAUGUAAUCACAUUUUCGCAGGAACAACCCUUCACGAUUCUGCUGUGGGCGUCAUCCUGCUCGCGUUAUCCUUGCUUGUACUGUGCACUUGUUUGGUGCUGAUCGUUAAGUUGCUGAAUUCCGUGCUCCGAGGACAAGUGGCAAGUGUCAUCAAGAAGACGCUCAACACGGAUUUCCCAUUUCCAUUUUCUUGGCUCACGGGAUACCUGGCUAUGUUAGUGGGAGCGGGCAUGACCUUUAUCGUUCAGAGCAGUUCCGUCUUCACCUCGGCAAUUACUCCACUCGUUGGGAUUGGUGUUAUCAGCAUUGAGCGUGCCUACCCCCUCACGCUGGGAUCCAACCUCGGCACCACCACGACAGCGAUUCUGGCUGCUUUGGCCAGUCCAGGAAGCACAUUAAAGUAUUCCUUACAGAUUGCUCUCUGCCACUUCUUCUUCAACAUCUCGGGGAUUGUCCUUUGGUACCCGAUCCCUUUCAUGCGCCUCCCCAUCUGCUUGGCCAAAGGCCUGGGGGACGUAACAGCCAAGUACAGAUGGUUUGCCAUUUUUUACCUUCUCCUCUGCUUCCUCCUCAUCCCAUUACUUGUCUUCGGCCUCUCAAUGGCCGGCUGGCCCUACCUGGUGGGCGUCUGCGUCCCACUCUUGGCUCUUUUGGUCGUGGUCGUCAUUAUCAACGUUUUGCAAGCCAAACAGCCACGCUUGCUGCCUCAGGUGCUCCGGAGCUGGGACUUCCUCCCCGAAUGGAUGCACUCCUUGAGGCCUUGGGAUAACGUCCUCACUUCCGUGGCGUCUGCUUUCAGGAGGCACUGCUGCCGCUGCACGCGUUGUCAAGGCCAGGACGCCGACCCAGCGACGGAAGAAAAGCCGGCCAAAGCCCUGGAAGGACACGACAACCCAGUUUCGUUAGCCGAUGAAGAGAACAACCUUUCGGCAGAUAAAACUAAGCAGAUGGACUUUAGUAUCACAGCUUUGUAGCAGGAGGUUGCAUCUUAAGGGCUGAGAA